AUGGCUUUUUUAUUUAAAGCUCUUAUGCAUCAUAAGUAUGCGGCUCCCAGCACGCCUAAACUCGACGCUUUAAGAUCUGCAAUCUCCGCAAAACUACAGCCAAUAUAUUUUCACAUCAAGAACGACCCCAACUAUGGAACAUACGUCUACGACGAGCAUUUCUAUGGUGUACUAUGUUCGCCUCUAUUUGAGGGGAAAACAUACACUGAGAUCAACGCCAUGGUUGAUCAAAUACUAGAACCGCUAGGUCUAAAAGCUGCCGUUAGGUUAAACUGCCAACCACCUUCUCGUUUUUUUAAAUUACGGCGUCAUAUUCGUUGGAGGUGGAAUGUUGAUAGCUGA